AGUGCUGUUUAAUUGUGGGUGUGCGAUGUGCCCUUCAUGAAUCACGUGUCAUAGUCAGCAUUCCAUGCCGGUAUCACGCUGACUAUAAAAGAGCAGCCCGUUCUCUCUCUCAGUACAUCUUCUCAGCAGCAAGCUCCAAUAGUGCAGAGAUGGCUUUGACUUUUGGUGUGGUACUCCUCCUUUGCGGGAUCGGGGGAAUCAUGGCUUGCGCAAGCGAGUGCAAAAACCCUUCUUGUCCAGACGGCUGGUUCCUGCUGAAUGAUCGCUGUUUCAUCUUCGUAGAACAACCAAGGAAUUUCACAGAAGCAGAGAAAGUUUGCAUCUUAAAAGGCGGAAACCUGGCGUCUAUCCGAAAUGCUCUGGAGAACGAGCUAGUCAAAGCACUUAUAGUAGAGGCGGGCUUUGCAGCUGGAAGCACCUGGAUUGGAUUCAGUGACGCAAUAACGGAGGGCGAGUUUCUCUGGACUGAUGGCUCUGCAUUCAAAUUCACUGACUUUGCGCCUACGCAGCCAGACAACUUCAAUAUGAGUGAGGACUGUGGAGAGAUUAACAUCACAACUCAAUGGAAUGACGACGACUGCUUCGAUCUGAACAACUUUGUCUGCGCCAAAGAUGUGUCCUGCCAUUAGUAAUCCUCGUCUCAUCCACAAUAUUCUAAGACGACACUGAACUUCGAUGUAGUGUCCCUCGACCAAGAAUUAUCAUCGCCUUUUCUUCUUUUCCUUUAACGUGGUUCCAUGUUUCCAUGAUUGUCAGUCAAACUAAUUCGCAAGAUUCAACGGGUUUUCUGCAAUAAACAAGUUUAUCUAUCAAUGCA